AUGCAGAGUCGCGACACACCACCACAUUCGGGUCCCGACACCCCGGAAACACAAGCGUUGAGAUACUCGCCUACCACUGCCACAGACGGUCUCGCAACUCCCACUAGCUUACCAUCUGUAUCACUGACCCCAACACCUAAGACAUCGGGAUGCCAGGCAUCCAAGAAUCCUACACAAGAUGAAGUAGAGGCCGAUUUGUUACUCAAACGUCAUCAGCAAGAUCUACUGGUUCUUACAAGCUUGAACGACAACUCGACACUGCAUUGGCGCCCGUCGUGGUUCAAACAAGUUCCCUUCAACGACUCGUUCUGGACACUUCACAAUCCGCCAGAUGUAGUGACCGAGAAGCUUCCGAGUAGUGUACCGCAAAGCAAAGAUUACUACACUCGACGCAUGAGGCAACAAGGUGAUCGACCACCGAUCUACAUCGAAACCUGGGACCAUUGGGAUCGAUAUUGCGAGUUGUAUGGAGUGCCACUAGACUUCUUGUCAGAAGAUCAGGUUGGCCUCAUGCGCCUGGGACUACCGCGUACUGAAAAGGGAGCGCUUUGUGCUCCGCCGUCGUAUCCACUUUAUCCGGAACCACAACCUAGAGGUUGUGGGCACUACAUCCUUGACCCUUCAACACACACAACCCAUCUACCGUCCAAGUUCCGUUCUACCAAUCAUGACGCGGAAUUUCCAGAGGAUGUCCAAGUUGUCGUUGUGCAUUCUGAUGGUGCGCUAACAAUAGAGCGCAAAGAUGAGAUGCCCAAGCAUCAUAUCAAGUGGACGCUUUCCGACGGCAAAACGGAGAAUGGGGGUGAUUCGGGGUAUGACGCUGUUAGUAAUUCCCUAAAUCAGCAGGGUCCGGCGAGGCGAUGGACGUAUGUUCCAUGGACUAGCGAGCAAGACGAGAGCUGCAAGCGGCUGAGUUUAGUGACUACUAGAGAGGAUGAAACUACUGGGAUAGCGCACAAGACAGAGGACAAGAAGCCAAACAAGAAGAAGAAUGUGAACAGAAUGCUCAGGGAGCUGCAGUGA